AAGUUCACCGUGCGCAGGUUCUUCUCCGUGUACCUGCGCAAGAAGUCGCGCUCCAAGAGCUCCAGUCUAAGUCGACUCGAGGUUAUUUGCUAACGAAGCAGAUGUACAAUGUAUGCUCAGGGCAGAAACAGCCCAUGCUUUGAAGUUUGGUGAAGUCAUUCUGACCUUGGGAAACGGUGAAGAACAGCUUCCCUGGGAGCCCAGGGGCCGGGCCCAUGGACAUCAAAGGUUGAAGAUUGCCUUUAUGACCCUGAACAACGUCUUUCUCUCCACAUUCCACACCCUGGGAGGAAGGCACCGUCAAGGAGAUCGACAUCAGCCACCAUGUAAAGGAAGGCUUUGAGAAGGCCGACCCUUCCCAGUUUGAACUCUUGAAAGUUCUAGGACAAGGAUCCUACGGAAAGGUGUUCCUGGUGAGGAAGACCAAGGGAUCUGAUGCUGGGCAGCUAUACGCAAUGAAAGUUCUUAAGAAAGCUACCUUGAAAGUCCGGGACCGAGUCAGGUCGAAGAUGGAGAGAGACAUUUUGGCAGAAGUGAAUCACCCUUUCAUUGUAAAGCUUCAUUAUGCCUUUCAGACGGAAGGAAAGCUCUACCUGAUCCUGGACUUCCUGCGGGGAGGGGACCUCUUCAGCAGGCUCUCCAAAGAGGUGAUGUUCACCGAGGAGGAUGUCAAGUUCUACCUGGCUGAGCUGGCCCUGGCUUUAGACCACCUCCACGGCCUGGGGAUCAUCUACAGAGACCUGAAGCCUGAGAACAUCCUGCUGGACGAAGAGGGACACAUCAAGAUCACAGAUUUCGGGCUGAGUAAGGAGGCCAUCGACCACGACAAGAGAGCUUACUCAUUCUGCGGGACGAUAGAGUACAUGGCGCCGGAGGUGGUGAACCGGCGGGGACACACGCAGAGCGCUGACUGGUGGUCCUUCGGCGUGCUCAUGUUUGAGAUGCUCACGGGAUCUCUGCCAUUCCAGGGGAAGGACAGGAAGGAGACCAUGGCCCUCAUCCUCAAAGCCAAGCUGGGCAUGCCACAGUUCCUCAGCAUGGAAGCCCAGAGUCUGCUGAGAGCCCUCUUCAAACGGAACCCGUGCAACCGACUGGGUGCUGGCAUCGAUGGAGUGGAGGAGAUCAAGCGGCAUCCUUUCUUUGUGACCAUAGACUGGAAUAAGCUGUACAGGAAGGAGAUCAAGCCGCCGUUCAAACCAGCGGUGGGCAGGCCCGAGGACACCUUCCACUUUGACCCCGAGUUCACAGCACGGACGCCCACAGACUCACCCGGCGUCCCCCCCAGUGCCAACGCGCAUCAUCUGUUCAGAGGAUUCAGUUUUGUGGCCUCAAGUCUGGUCCAGGAGCCCUCGCAGCAAGAUCUGCACAAAGCCACAGUUCACCCCAUCGUGCAGCAGUUACACGGGAACAGCAUACACUUCACCGAUGGCUAUGAGAUCAAGGAGGACAUCGGGGUGGGCUCCUACUCCGUGUGCAAGCGAUGUGUGCAUAAAGCUACUGAGGCAGAGUAUGCUGUGAAGAUCAUCGAUAAGAGUAAGAGAGACCCCUCGGAAGAGAUCGAGAUUCUCCUGAGGUACGGGCAGCACCCGAACAUCAUCACCCUCAAAGAUGUCUACGACGAUGGGAAGUUCGUGUAUCUGGUGAUGGAGCUGAUGCGCGGCGGAGAGCUCCUGGACCGCAUCCUCCGGCAGCGCUACUUCUCGGAGCGGGAGGCCAGCGAUGUGCUUUGCACCAUCACCAAGACCAUGGACUAUCUCCACUCCCAGGGGGUGGUGCAUCGAGACCUGAAGCCGAGUAAUAUACUGUAUAUGGAUGAGUCUGGAAACCCUGAAUCCAUCCGAAUCUGUGACUUUGGGUUUGCCAAGCAGCUUCGAGCUGAGAACGGGCUGUUGAUGACACCCUGCUACACAGCAAAUUUCGUUGCCCCGGAGGUCCUGAAGCGGCAAGGUUACGACGCAGCCUGUGACAUCUGGAGCUUGGGGACCCUGCUGUACACCAUGCUGGCGGGAUUUACCCCAUUUGCAAACGGACCAGAUGAUACUCCUGAGGAGAUUCUGGCAAGGAUUGGCAGUGGGAAGUACGCCCUUUCUGGGGGGAACUGGGACUCAAUCUCUGAUGCUGCGAAGGAUGUCGUGUCCAAGAUGCUCCAUGUGGAUCCUCAUCAGCGCCUGACGGCCGUUCAAGUCCUAAAACACCCGUGGAUUGUGAACAGAGAGUACCUGUCCCAAAACCAGCUCAGCAGACAGGACGUCCACCUGGUGAAGGGUGCCAUGGCCGCCACCUACUUGGCUCUGAACAGAGCUCCGCAGGCCCCGCGGCUGGAGCCCGUGCUGUCGUCCGGCCUGGCUCAGCGCAGGGGCAUGAAGAGACUCACGUCCACGAGGCUAUAGCGCGAGCAGGCCCUGCCGAGCAUCCUGGGCUGUCGGGCGCUGCCUCAGUGCCCACGCCCGACUCGGAGGCCCAGGUGCCUCUGCUCGUUCCACGCUUGCUCGCUCAGCCGGGAUCGGAUCCAGACCGGUGACCUCCCCACGCCUUGCUGUGCCAGCCUUGCCACCUCUUUACCCCGAGCAAAGCCAGACAGACUCAUUUCACCGCACACCACCACGCCCGAUGCCUGUAGGGUUCCUUCAGACCCCAUAGGUCUUUUACGAUCAUGGCUUAUAUUUAUAGAGAGAGAGGUUUUUUUCCAAUGAUAAAGCCAGUAACUGGGUCAGGUUUCCGACACACGCGUGCUAGUGAUUCGGGUGGGCGGAUGCGCUGACCAGCUUACGGCACAGCCUCCCCGGGAGGGGCUGGCCUCUGCGGUCUGGGGUUGCCGGAAGGACAGGGUCGGCACGUGGCACCCAGAGUAGACGCCAGGUCCCCUCCUAAUGAUCCAAAGAGCCCUUGUCCCAUCGCCCUUCUCUCUGACUGAGGUGCUGGGUGUUCUCUCUGGGUCACGGACCCGCGGGGGGAAGAGCUCAGAACCGGCAGGCGGUGUCUUCGCCUGGGGAGCCUCUUUUCACAAGAAUGGCACGUACCUGGGGAGGAGCCAGCGAGAGCUUGUGCCCCCUGCCCUGUGUCCUUGUUCCCCCCACAGCCAGGGCUGCAGGGCUGAGGCUCCAUGCUCCCGCGCUGGUUCUAGCUGUGGCCAAGGCCGCCCAGGUUCCCAGAGCGCGUUGGGCCUGACGUCUGGCCGCGGCCUUCCGUCAGCCUCCUGUGCUUUCCCAAAGCAGUGGUUUUGCUGUGUUUGCCUUCCCCUCUCUGGUCCGCGGGAGAUCCGUGAGCCCUGACAACCCUGAGCUCAGUCCCUCCCUUUAAGGCGUGCUCUCAGUCCCAUGCAGCCGGGAGGGGGCCGGGAGGGGGCCGGGAGGGGAGCCAGAAGGUGGGCUACCAGGGAGCCAUGCACUUUGUAGAAACUGUGCUUUUGUGUUGCUUUUGUGUUUCUGUUUUUCACCUGAUGUUGCAGUGACAUUUAAUGUUUCCCUUGGGGUGCGUGCACACAGGAGGGGCGCAGUGCCGAGGGAGGGGCUGUGCGCCUCUUGUUAAAUGAAACCGGGACAGGCUCGGCACCACUGCCCGGGCAGGAGGGGGGAGAGCGUGUGGCCUUCGGCGUCCUCCCACUGGCCCCACCGGGGGUGCCCCCAAGCCGGCCCAAGACUCCCCGCUGCCCUCGCUGGGUGCGGGGCACCUGCGGCCCUCAGCCAGAUCUCAGUAAGAAGACAUAUUUCAUUGUUCCUUGAUCCCCCGUCUCAACCAACUACACCACCUCAAAAAGACAAAAAACAACAUGCGGCAUUCUGAGUGUAACUCCUUAGCUUGUUCCAGUUGUGUUCAGACCUUAAAAUGUAACCUUAUUUCAGAA